CGUUAGGAAGGGCCAUCCGGGGCAGGUGCCGCUCACCUGGGCCGAGCAGGGAAGCCCCCUUUCGGGCGUCCGUUGCUCCAGCCCGGCCCUGAUGGCGCGCCGGCUACCGCUUCAGCCCAGCUCCGGUCCUGCGCUCGCCACCCUCCCGUCCUGGCGGCUGUGAGACCAGCCCCGGCUGCUUUCUUGGCUCGAAUGAGCCGCCCGCAUCCCGACGCCGCACUGCGAUGCUGUUUUCCUGGCGCAGCCCUCAACCUUGAGCUCGGGAGCCACGAUGCCAGAGACUGGGGCGGCAGGACCGGCGGCGAGCGGCCAGGAGAACAAGCGAGGCGGAAGCGCGAUGGAUGGGGAGGCGGCCGCGCCACCUGCCACCGGGGUCCUGGACAAGCUGUUUGGGAAACGUCUGCUGCAGGCUGGGCGUUACAUCAUGUCCAAUAAAUCGUGGAUGAAAACGGUCCCCACAGAAAACUGCGAUGUGCUGAUGACUCUGGCAGAUACAACUGAUGACCACACAUUACUAUGGUUGUUGAACCACAUCCGUUUGGGAAUCCCAGAGCUCAUCAUCCAGAUUCGGCAUCACAAGCACACCCGGGUCUAUGCAUUCUUUGUCACAGCAACUUAUGAAAGUUUGCUCCGGGGGGCAGACGAGAUUGGCUUGCGGAAGCCUGUGAAGGCUGAAUUUGGGGGUGGCAUGCACAGUUUCUCCUGCGAGGAAGAUUACAUCUACGAGAACAUAGAAAAUGAACUCUAUUUUUUCACUUCUCAGGAACGCCAAAACAUCAUCAGGUAUUGGCUGGAGAACCUACGGGCCAAGCAGGGUGAAGUGCUGCAUAACAUCCACUUCCUGGAAGGGCAGCCAAUCAAUGAAAUAUGUGACUAUUUUGGGGUGAAGAUUGCCAUGUACUUCGCAUGGUUGGGCUUCUACACGUCAGCCAUGGUAUACCCUGCUGUCCUUGGCUCCCUCCUCUACACCUUCACAGAGAAUGAUCAG